AUGUCUUCUCUUCAGGAUGUCGAUCCAGAGGUUAGAGCUCAAGCUGAAAACCAUAAAAAUGAAGGAAACACUCUCUAUAAAUCCCGUGACUUUACGGGGGCCAUUGCUGCAUACGAGAAGGCCUUCUCGCUCAAUCCUGACCCAGUCUAUCUCAACAACCUUGCGGCUGUCUACCUCGAACAAGGAGAAUUUGACCAAUGUAUCAAAACCUGCGAGCGCGCCGUUGAGGAGGGCCGUGAAAAACGGGUGGAUUACAAAGUGAUUGCAAAAUCUUUCGCUCGAAUGGGCUCAGCGCAUCUCAAGAAAGGUGAAUACAACCUGGCAAUCAAAAACCUCGAAAGAUCCCUCACGGAACAUCGAACCCCUGACACCCUUGCCAAACUUAAGGAGGCCGAAAAAACCAAGGCUGAAGAGGAGCGGAAAGCAUAUAUCAACCCAGAGCUUUCCGACAAAGCUCGGGAAGAAGGUAACACCUGCUUCAAGACUGGGGAUUUUGCCGGUGCAGUCAAGCACUACACCGAAUCCAUUAAACGCAAUCCCUCCGAUCCCCGGGCUUAUACAAACCGAGCAGCAUCAUACUCAAAGCUUUUGGCUCUACCUGAAGCUUUGAAAGAUACCGAUGCGGCAAUCGAAGCUGAUCCCGAUUACACGAAGGCCUAUAUCCGAAAAUCUUUGACGCUAUUUGCGAUGAAGGAUUACAAAAAAGCCAUCGACACGCUCCGUAAAGCUGAGGAACACGAUCCAGAAAAGAAGCAUUCCAAAGAGAUCGCAACGAAUCUGCAGAAGUGCGUGAUGGCUGAAUAUGGGGAACGAGCUAAUGAAACAGAUGAGCAACGGUUAGAGAAGGCCAUGAGGGACCCCGAAAUCCAACAAAUCAUGUCAGACCCUGUCAUGCAACAAAUAUUAUCUCAAGGCCAGCAAGACCCGCAAGCUCUACAGUCACACAUGGCAAACCCAAUGAUACGACAGAAAAUCAUGAAACUGGUUGAAGCAGGAAUCAUCAAAACUCGUUGA